CAUCUUUCAUCAUCGACGCAGUAUUUGUGUAAUAUGAUUAACUAUUGAGUUUGUGAUAAAAUAUAACUUAUUUUUAUAUUUCGUAAUAACGGAAUCUUCAUUUACUAUCUUAUCUUUGUGUCAUUCUAGCAUCUUAAAAUAUUGAGUUAUAUUACGGCAACCCUACUCGGUUAUGUGAGUUAUGCGUGUUUUAAUCAGACCGUUCGCUAUAUUUAGGCAAGCUGUGCGGACGAAUAGUGCUGUCCAAUUGAAAAAUACAUUUACGACAGCUUUAGUCUGGAGAGCCAUGGAAGAUAAGGAAGCGCUAAAAAAACGAUUGACGCCACUUCAAUACCAUGUUACCCAAGAGGCUGGGACAGAAAGACCAUUUACUGGUUGUUUUAAUAAAUUUUAUGAAGAAGGUUUAUAUGUGUGUGUAGUGUGUAAGCAAGAUUUAUUUAGUUCUAAAACCAAAUAUGACUCUGGCUGUGGCUGGCCGGCAUUUAAUGAUGUGUUGGCCAAAGAAAAAGUAACUUUACACCAGGAUACCAGUGCAGUUGGGGCAAAUAUAUUACUGGUUUUAACACGACCAGGUAUGGUGCGAACUGAGGUGCGAUGUUCCAAGUGUUCGGCACAUCUGGGCCACGUGUUCAAUGACGGGCCUGCACCCACCAAGAAAAGAUUUUGUAUUAAUUCAGCCUCCUUGGACUUCAUACCGGCUGAAGAACGGACCGAUUGAGUUGUACGAAUAUAUAUUAGAUGUACCAUACAUAGGAGAAUUAAUAUAUAUUAUUUAUUAUUGUUAUAUAUUGUACGUAAUGCAAGUCAAAUUAUAUCGGGUCAUCAAUAUAGCUCGAGAUACCUAUAUUAAUCUACAGCUUAAGUAGAGGUUUAUUUUUAAUCCAUUGACAAAACUAUAGUGUAAUCACAGCCUUAUUUUGUAUGUAAUCUAAACGUGUUUUUCUGAUCACAGUACCUAAACAUUACUGUCGUAAAUUAGACUUGUACUGCUUUGUCUAAAUCAAAGAAAUGCUUUAUAAUCGGAAUUUGUUGUGAAACUUAUGAAACUGAGUAUAUGCAGGACUUUAAGAUUUACAUGUUAUUUUGUGGCAUAAUUUUCCAAAAAGUACCUACUUUCAGUUUUAGUAAAUGAUAAAUUCGUAAGGUUUUAUUAUAAAUCUGUAUUAAUUAUGUCGAUGUUUCAUAACGUACGUCGUAGUGUAUACUAAAAACAUUGGUUACAGAAGAGUCAAAGAUAAUUUCUUGUCUAUUAUGUUUUACCUUAAGUUACCACAGAAUCGAGUCAAUAAUUUUACGUGUGCAGCUUUUAAGUUUUUAUUAUCCUCUUAAUUUGCAACUGAGUACAAACUAUGUUUAAUAAUGAUAUUAAACCUAUAAUAUUCUCAAUAAAUAUUUUAUGAUAAAA